GCUCGGCUGUGUUCGGCAAUCCUCGGCUAUGUUCGGUUAUGUUUGCGUUUAGAGCCGCCUGGUAGUCGCUCAGUGUAGCGGCAGCAUGGCGGACAGCGCCAGCGAGAGCGAUACAGACGGAGCGGGCAGCAGUAGCUCGGCUACCCCGCUGUCCUCCUGCUCCAACCCCGCUUCCACCACAGCACGGGACAGUAAACAGGGAGUGCUGAUCUCCGCGUUCCGCCUGGAGGAGCUCACCAACCGCCUGGCUUCCCUACAGCAGGAGAACAAAGUGCUGAAGAUCGAGCUGGAAACGUUCAAGCUGAAAUGCAAGUCUUUACAGGAGGAGAACCGCGACCUGCGGAAAGCCAGUGUUACUAUACAAGCGAGGGCAGAACAAGAGGAGGAGUUCAUCUCUAACACCUUGUUUAAGAAGAUUCAGGCACUACAGAAGGAAAAAGAGACGCUCGCUGUGAAUUAUGAGAAAGAAGAGGAGUUCCUCACGAACGACCUCUCUCGAAAACUCAUGCAGCUCCAGCACGAGAAGGCGGAGUUGGAGCAGCACCUGGAGCAGGAGCAGGAGUUUCAGGUGAACAAACUGAUGAAGAAGAUCAAGAAGCUGGAGAACGACACCAUCACCAAACAGCUCACCUUAGAGCAGCUGCGUCGUGAGAAGAUCGACCUGGAGAACACGCUGGAGCAGGAGCAGGAGGCGCUCGUCAACCGGCUCUGGAAGCGCAUGGACAAACUGGAGGCGGAGAAAAGGAUCCUGCAGGAGAAGCUGGACCAGCCGGUGUCGGCCCCGCCCUCCCCGCGAGACAUUUCCAUGGAGAUCGACUCUCCCGAGAACAUGAUGCGACACAUCCGCUUCCUGAAGAGCGAGGUGGAGAGGCUGAAGCGCAACCUGCGCACCACCGAACUACAGCACACGGAGAAGAGGGCUCAGUACAUCGAGGAGGAGCGUCAGAUGAGGGAGGAGAACAUGCGCCUGCAGAGGAAGCUCCAGCGGGAGAUGGAGAGGAGAGAAGCCCUGUGCAGGCAGCUGAGCGAGAGCGAGAGCAGCUUGGAGAUGGAUGACGAGAGGUAUUUUAAUGAGAUGUCCGCUCAGGGACUGAGAGCGCGUACCGUGUCCAGUCCGACCCCCUACACCCCCUCUCCCUCUUCCAGCCGCCCCAUCUCCCCAGGUCUGUCGUACGGCGGUCACACGAUGGGUUUCACCCCUCCCACCACUCUGAGCCGACCGCCGCACACGCACUACGCUCCACCGGGACUUCACGUCCACCCCGGACCCUCCCACGGAGUUCAGAGGCCGUCUCCGAGGAGGAGCAACAGCCCGGACAAGUUCAAGCGCCCGACGCCCCCUCCAUCCCCGAACACGCACUCCGGAGCACAGCAGCCACCCCCUCCUCCCCCACCUGCACAGUCCGGCUCCUCGCACUCCUCCGCUCAGCUGUAACGCAUGUGCCACUAUAUGAUACGCUAGGCUAGGCUAAGCUAGGCUGCGACCGCCGCGGUUCACCCAUCCCAGAAAAGAACGAGUGUGAUACAGACUGAGGGGUUUUACUGGAAGAUUUGGGAUUGUUAACGGACUGUCCUGACAGUGUACACGUCUCAAUUCAGGCCGUUAAAGGUCACUGAUCGUGUCGAGAGUGUGUUUUUUUUUUUUUUUUUUGCUUUAGAAUGAACAAUAAUCUGUAAAUUGCUUGUGUGUGUGUGUGCGCGCUGAUCAAACACUGUAAUAUAUCCGUUGUAAUAACGUCAAUGUACCUAUGACGAGCGAGUCCAUGGAGGAACAGCAGCGAAGAAGAGGGCGAGGGGGGGGGCGGUUCGUGUACGUGUGUUUUUAACGUGUCCGUGUGUGUGUAUAACGACUGUGUGGACGCCCUGGACAGCACGGGAGCAUGUUGCAUCAUUGUAUAAAGCUUGAGGAGGGCGUGGCGUGCACGUGUUAGAGACCUAGAUAAUCAAUAACAUCAUUAAUACAGAGCAACACGGUUUCUAUAAGCAUAAUGUAAAUAAACUGGACCUGAACGUGUACAUACGCUGGAAGGGCGCAUGUGUGCCAGGGCAGUCUUGGGAUGCCAACGAUUAUUGGCAUUUACAAAGCUACUUUUUUUAUAAGGGCUCUGCUCAAUGGUCUAACAGUGUAAUCUAGCAGUGGUGGGGCUUGAACCAGUGAGUAUUUGAUUACUAGUCCAGUCCAGUACCUUAACCACUGGGCUACAACAGCGACGGCAGCUCCCACGCACGUAGCAGGUUGCAGCCUAGUGGUUAAGGUACAGGACACCACUGCCAGGUUGCCACUGUUGGGCCCUUGAGCAAACCCUCAAUUGCUUCCAAAGUUCCAGAAGCUUCUAUUUUAAGUUCUUGGAUAAAGUCUGAGCCCCUGACCGAUUGUUUUCUGAACAUAAAAUAAAAAGACAGUUUGGGUUUAACAUGGAAGGUUGUGUUUUAAAUCUUUAAAUCUUGACCCCUUGGCACACACGCGCCCCUUUACAGGUCUGUGUAAACGUUGAAACUGUAUGUAUAUGUGGUGUACGACUAACUGCAGUGUGGUGGGUGAUUAAAAAAAACAGGGUAACUAAGUCUUACAAUC